AUGCGUAUCGAGAAAUGUUAUUUUUGCUCAACGAACGUGUAUCCUGGACAUGGAAGCGCCUUCGUCCGCAAUGAUUCGAAGGUAUUCCGGUUCUGCACUUCAAAAUGUCACAAAAACUUCAAAAUGAAGCGAAAUCCUCGCAAAGUAAGAUGGACGAAGGCUUUCCGUAAAGCAGCCGGGAAGGAAAUGACGAUUGACUCUACGAUUGACUUUGAGAAGCGUAGAAACGUACCUGUCCGCUACGAUCGCGAGUUGAUGCAUACGACAAUCAACGCCAUGAAACGCAUUGGCCAAAUUAAGCAGCGGAGAGAACACGCAUUCUGGAAGCAAAGAAUGGCGGUUGCUCGGGAGAAACAACGCACGCAUAGGACAAAGAAGUUGGCUGCGAAGUCGAUGUCCGUUAAGCUGCUUGAGCCAACUGCAAUGGAGGAAACCAUUGAAGUACUGGAGAAAAUAAAAGUGCCAGCGAAAAGCAGAAGUGCACUUAUGCAAGGGGAAGGGCGCUCGAUGGGCAUGGAUCUUGACUGA